CUCGGCGGCUUUCCGACUCGGCCUCGGAGCCUGGCGGCCGCGCGGAGCCUCACCGGCCCCGAGCGGCUAUGGGCCGGCUUGGCCCCCGGCGCCGCGCCGCGCGAGCACCGGCCUAGAGCCAGAACCGAAGCGCCCAGAUGGCGGACCGGAAUCCAGGGGGCAUCAGCCCCCUUCAGCAGAUGGUGGCCUCGGGUGCUGGGGCUGUUGUCACCUCCCUGUUUAUGACACCCCUGGACGUGGUGAAGGUCCGCUUGCAGUCUCAGCGCCCUGCCCAUGUCAGCGAGAUGACAUCACCGUCCAGACUUUGGAGCCUCCUGGAUGCCAGACGGAAGUGCCUCCUGUACUGCAGCGGGGUGCUGGAGCCCCUGUACCUGUGCCCGCAUGGCCCCCGUUGUACCACCUGGCUGCAGGACCCAGCCCGCUUCACAGGCACCAUGGAUGCUUUUGUGAAGAUUGUGAGGCAUGAAGGCACCAGGACCCUGUGGAGCGGCCUCCCAGCCACACUGGUGAUGACUGUACCCGCCACCGCCAUCUACUUCACUGCUUACGACCAGCUCAAGGUCUUCCUGUGUGACCGAGCCCUGAGUUCUGACCUCCUCGCACCCAUGGUGGCUGGUGCUCUGGCCCGCUUGGGCACCGUGACUGUGGUCAGUCCCCUGGAGCUGGUGCGGACAAAAUUGCAAGCCCAGCAGGUGUCCUAUCGGGAGCUGGGCAAGUGUGUCCGCAUGGCCGUGGCACAGGGUGGCUGGCGCUCACUGUGGCUGGGCUGGGGCCCCACUGCCCUGCGGGAUGUGCCCUUCUCAGCCCUGUACUGGUUCAACUAUGAACUGAUGAAGAGCUGGCUAAACAGACACAGGCCCAGAGACCAGGCUUCUGUGGCCAUCAGCUUUGUGGCCGGCGGCAUCUCAGGGACAGUGGCAGCCAUUCUGACUCUCCCCUUUGACGUGGUAAAGACGCAGCGUCAGGUGGCGCUGGGAGCAGUGGAAGCUGUGAGAGUGACACCCCCACGAGCCGACUCCACCUGGCUACUGCUGAGAAGGAUCCAGGCUGAAUCGGGCACCAGAGGCCUCUUUGCAGGCUUCCUCCCUCGCAUCAUCAAGGCUGCACCCUCCUGUGCCAUCAUGAUCAGCACAUACGAGUUCAGCAAGAGUUUCUUCCAGAGGCUGAACCUCGAAGGGCCCCUGGGCUCCUGAGGGGAUGCGGGAGACCAAGCCAAGUGCCUUGUCCUCAGCACUGAGGGGAGGGUCUCCAGUCCCUCUCCCACUUUCCUCUCCACUCUUGAGCACCAGGAAUGGGGGGGGGGGGCUGUUCUUUGGACCCACCCAGGCUCUCCUUACACAGCAU